AGUCAUUGCUAUAUGAUAAACAAUUCACACAAGAGAGCUAGCCACCUAAUAAUGAAGAAAAAGAGUAAUAACGACAUAUAUAAUAUAAUGCCAUAAAGGUGGUUAUUUAUACCAACUUUAUUAAUUAGCUAAUGCUCUUGGUAUUAGCUUGAUAGCAUCUAAACUACUAACACUAUUUCCCUGCUUUUCAAGCCAAGCUCACUCUUCCUUCAUUCUUUUCCAAACCAAAACAGUGCUAGAAAAGUGAGAUUCUCUAAUGGCUGAUAAGGUGUAUCCCAUAAAAACAGUGGUAUUGUUGGUUAUGGAGAAUCGAUCUUUUGAUCAUAUGUUAGGAUGGAUGAAGCAAAUCAACCCGGAUAUUGAUGGUGUAACGGGUCAGGAGUCCAACCCUUUAAACACUACGGAUCCUAACUCUGCUCCUAUCAACUUUGGGGAUGGAUCCGUUUAUGUGGAUCCAAACCCUGGUCAUUCCUACCAAGAUAUCUAUGAGCAGAUAUAUGGUGAACCAUGGAGCCAAGAAUCAUUGGAUAAGAAAUCGGGUCCAUCAAUGCAAGGAUUUGCCCAGAACGCGAACCGAAUCCAAAAUGGGAUGGCUGAAACCGUGAUGAACGGGUUCAAACCAGAAUUGGUACCCGUUUAUAAGGAGUUAGUGAACCAAUUUGGUGUAUGUGAUAGGUGGUUUGCUUCGAUUCCAGCAUCUACACAACCAAAUAGGUUGUUUGUGCACUCCGCAACAUCUCAUGGUUUAAUUGGGAAUGAUAGCAAGAAAUUAAAUGCAGGAAUGCCUCAAAAGACCAUUUUUGAUUCAUUGCAGGAAUCUGGUCAUAGUUUUGGUAUUUACUAUCAAUCUGCACCAUCCACCCUUUAUUACAAGAACCUUAGGAAGUUGAAAUAUAUGACAAAAUUUCACCCAUUUGAUGUAUCAUUCAAGCUCCAUUGCAAGCAAGGAAAGCUACCCAACUAUGUGGUGAUUGAGCCAAGAUACUUUGACCUGAUAGCUUUGCCAGGGAAUGAUGAUCAUCCAUCCCAUGAUGUAUCAACUGGUCAGAGAUUUGUCAAGGAAGUUUAUGAAGCAUUAAGAUCAAGUCCUCAAUGGAAUGAGAUGUUGUUCAUAAUCAUAUAUGAUGAACAUGGUGGAUUUUUUGAUCAUGUACCAACUCCUACACAUGGGAUUCCUAAUCCAGAUGAUAUUGUUGGUCCUGCUCCUUAUAAUUUCAACUUUGAUCGUCUUGGUGUUAGGGUUCCUGCCAUGUUUAUCUCUCCUUGGAUUGAACCUGGAACCGUGGUACACGAACCAUCAGGACCACAACCAACAUCACAAUACGAGCAUUCCUCAAUCCCAGCAACUCUUAAGAAGAUUUUCAAUUUGAAAGACUUCCUUACCAAAAGAGAUGCAUGGGCUGGCACUUUUGAAGAUGUCUUAAACAGAAGUGCUCCGAGAACCGACUGUCCAGUGACACUACCUGAGCCAAUGAGACUGAGAGAUUUUGAGGCUCAAGAACAUAAAAAGCUGUCAGAUUUCCAAGAAGACAUUGUACAAUUAGCAGCAAUUUUAAAAGGACACCAGAAGGCGGAUUUCGAAGAAAUGACAGUGGCUGAAGCUGCUAAGUACACUGAUGAAGCCUUCCAGGUUUUCAUGGAAGAGUGCGUGAAAGCCCACAAAAAUGGCGCUGCUGAAGACCAUGUAGUUGUCAUACAAAGUACUGAACAAGAGAUGGAUCAUAGUGAUAAUAAGGCUGAUGUUAAACCCAAAUCUUUCUUUCAAAAGUUAAUCUCCUGCUCUGGUUGGUAAUAACUUUAUUACUUUCUAUUUAAUAAGUGUGAUUAAAUUAAUUUAUGUUGUUUAUGUAUUGAUUUGAAUUUACUUUUGUUGCAAAGUAUGAUCGAAUAUAUUGCACGUUUGUAAAUACUGGUUUUGAUUGUUUUAAAAUGUUUUCCAACUGUUAAGAAUUAGGGAAAAUGUAAGGAGAAAGUGUAUUAGAUAAUUUAAUAUGUACCAUUGUAAUACUGGUAUUCUUUACAUGCAAUAACAAUGCAGAAGUCGUGUAUUUAUUGUUAGAUUGUGGAAUUGAAGAAUAUCAGUAAAUUAAGGAGAGGAAGAACAAGAUUAUUUCAUUGAUUGACUAUGUACAAGUAGAGCAUAAUCCAUGGUUAAUGGAGCUUCUUGCUUGAAGGGUUUCUAUGAGAGAGAAACAGGAGAGAGAAGAGAAUCUAAAAAAGAAAAAUCAGCUAUACAAGGGCAACUAAUUGCUGUAUAUAUACAAGUAAUUAUUUAAUGUAACAACGUGGCAACUUCACUAUAUUUCCACAUCCCCCCGCAAGCAUGGGGUGGGUGAAGCCAAACCAAUCUUGGAAAGUAACAGACGAAAAUGAGCUGACGGUAGAAUCUUUGUAAAGGCAUCGGCAAGUUGAGAUUGAGUAGGAAGGUAUGUAAGCUGAAUUAAGCGUUCAAGCACCUUAUCACGUGUGAAAUGGCAAUCCACCUCUAUAUGCUUGUUGCGAUCAUGAAAGACGGGAUUCUUGGCGAUGUGAAGUGCGGGUUGAUUAUCACAAUGUAAAGUGACGGGUUUUAAAUUGACAAGACCCAUUUCCUCGACUAAUCGAACCAACCAAGUAAUUUCAGAAGAUGUGGCAGCCAUAGCACGAUAUUCAGCUUCAGAAGAAGACCCAGAGACAGUUGGUUGCUUCUUAGAACGCCAACUGAUUGGGGAUUGACCCAAGAGAAUAACAAAACCAGUCACUGAUCUGCGUGAGUCAGGGCAAGAAGCUCAAUCAGAAUCCGAGAAUGCUUGCAAUGUGAGCUGAUUAGUGGCAUGCAUGACAAUGCCUUGGCCAAGAGUGGAAUGUACAUAAUGCAUAGUAUGUUUAAGAGCUUCAUAAUGUGCUUCACGAGGCUGUUGCAUGAACUGGCUUAACAAUUGGACAGUAUAAGAAAGAUCGAGACGAGUGUGAGUCAAAAAGUUGAGUUUUCCAACUAGAGAGCUGUGUGUAUCGGAUCACUGUAUAGAGGACCAGUAGAAGAAAGUUUGAGAUUAAGAGGAAGAGGAGUGACCACAGUUUUGAAGUCAGUUAGGCCACUGGCAGUAAGCAAGUCAGAACUGAACUUGCUUCGAGUGAGGACAAUACCAAAUGAGAGGUAGCCAACCUCAAUACCCAAAAAAUAAUGGGGUUUGCCCAGAUCCUUAAUGCUGAAUGUAACAUGUUGAUGGUCCUUGAGAGCUUUAAUACUGACAAAAUCAUCUCCAGUAAGGAUAAUAUCAUCGACAUAAACUGUAGCAAAGGCGACUAAGGAACUAGAAUGCUUAAUGAAUAAUGAAGCAUCAUGCUCACUUUGAGAGAAACCUUGAUGAUGUAAGACAAUGACUAACUUGGCAAAUCAUUGGCGAGAUGCUUGUUUGAGACCGUAAAGCGACUUUUGCAACUUACAGAC